AUCAGGGUGCCGUUUUAUCAACGGUCGUACGCAGUUACGACCGUCUUUGUUGAUAAAACGGCACCCAGAUUCAUUCUAAUGGAAUACAAUGCAGACAAAACGUAAGUAUGCAAAAAAUCCACUUAGCGGUCAUUUAAAUCGUUCAGAGAAAUAUUUCGACGACAUGUCAAGCAUUGUACUUCCAUCCACCCCUACGACGCUGCACCAUCACCCGGAUCAUCGUUUCCAUAGUUACCGUCAAAAAGCACGGAAUGACGAAUUUUCCCUCGAAAAUCUCGGUAUCCGAAGAAACGAAAAGCUGAAAUCUGUGUUACAGGGUCUAGAGCACUGUAAAAGGUAUCUGGAAAAUACGGAGAACCGACAGCCAAUAUAUUUUGGACAUAUCAAUAGGAAAUUGUAUGACAAAAUCAUAAAUAUGUUUAUUCAGCACAAACAGACAGAUGAAAGAAUUAUACUAGGAAAUAAACUUUCUAGAAUCGGUAUGGUUGACACAUUAGCAGAAGUCUAUGAUUUUGUCAGGAACGCAAUAAAGAUUCAAGGUCUGACAGACGCACGGACAAGGGACACAGAGGAUGACGGGAUAAAACUGUUGCUUACAAUUCGGAAGAUAUUUAACACAUUGACAUCUCUCAGUGACAAUGUUGUUAGAAGUUUGUCAGAGACCGAAAUAUAUCGAGCACUUCUAGAAGAUCUUCACUGCGUUACAAAACAAGAUCUGCUUCACUUAGAUAAAAUCGAUCUAGCCGAUGAAAAUUCGCUUGUAUUAAGCUCUGCCAUCAAUAUCCUGUACGAAUGUGUCAGACAUCCGUUCACAAAGAAGGAAAAGUUUCGACAAUCGGGGAUAAUUGUUACUGUAUUACUGUUCCUUAGUUGCAAAAAUGCACAGUUCAGACUGCGAUCAGUUUUAAUUCUGUGUUAUGUGCUAACAGAAAACCAAAUGUUUUGGUCGGAAAUUCAUCUUGACUUUUUCGAUAUUCUAUGCGAGGCAAUUAAUGAGGCACUGUUAGCCAAGGACAGACGUGUAUAUGGAUUUAGCAUUUCUGAACUUCUGAACGGGUUAAAAGCUUUACAGUUUUGUUUUCCGGACAAGUUGUAUUUCAUGAAUAAACAUCCGUUACCAUUGAUCAACUGUCUUCUAGCUAGCCCGGAUCAAUCCGACGUACUAGCAGCGGUUAAUGUGGUCUGGGAACUUGCAUUUUGUGAACAAAAUCGGAAAGAAAUACAGGAGAAUGAAGAUAUUAUAGAAUGUAUUGAAGAUCUGUCACACUCGAAUAAUACAGCUAAAAGAUUUUCAGCUAAAAGGACAUUGUUUGUAUUAGUGGACCAAGGAAAGCGAAUACGACGUACAGGGCUAGCUUCAAGGAAAGAUGUGUCUGGACAACAUAUAUUGAUAUGUUAUAACAUGAGUGACCAGAAAACUGCUCUUAAGGUAUACCAUUCUCUUAGUUCGUAUGGAUUUCCUGUAUGGAUUGAUAUAGCAGAACUAAACAAGUAUUCAGACAGCUUGGAUGCUGUGCUACGUGCUAUAGAACAGGCAAGUCACGUUGUCGUCUGCUUCUCAGAAAAUUACGCAAGUGACCAGAGUUGCAGAAUGGAGGCUGAAUACGCAUUUACGUUAAAGAAGCGUAUUAUACCGUUAAAGUUACAAACCGGAUAUGAACCAGUCGGCUGGAUUACGUCAGUUUUAGGGUCCAGAUUUUACCUCACUCUAACACGUGAUAGGUCGUUCGAGAAACAGAUGAACAAUUUGCGGGACUAUAUUCGAGGAUCUAACACAACAUCAGCAGUAGGGUCCCCUAUCAGCCGGUCUAUGUCACGCGCAUAUAUGUCGAGAGGUCCUUCAAGAGCUAUUUCACGAGGAAUAUCACGUGCCAGCACUAGUAUGCAAUCAUCUUGUCCAGUGUAUGAUAGAAAAGUAGUAAAUUGGAAUACAGAUGACGUAAUACUUUGGGCAACACAAUUUAAACUCGAGGGUCGGGCCUGGCGGAUUGUAAGCAAGUUUUCAGUAAAACAGAUAUUGUAUGUGUACAAUGUUUGGAGAAAGGUAUUUUAUUAUUACUUAUUGUUCAUCAGUUUUCAUAAUAUAAAGUGUAAAUCUUACUUCUCAAAAGCACCAGAUUAUUUCUACAGAUGGGUUGAAUCAGUUAUAGGUCUCGGCAGUGUGGAGGAUUUAAUGAGAUUCCGGAAUGCCGUGAGAUCAUUGAAGGAUUAUAUAUGAAGACUGAUGUUGUUUUGUUUUCAUUACUGAGAGCAGGGAAACUCAUUAUACGUAUAAACCCGUUAUUGGUGGACACUAUCCAUUGAUGAAGUGUCACAUAGACUAAAUACGUACCGUUAUAUCACGUAUGGUCACACACAAAGAGCAAUCGCUAUAAAACUUUCUCUAGCCAGAUGAGAAUGUAUCGUCAAUGUGAUAUUUACAUUCACUACGUACUUAUGGCUACAUAAUACAUUUGUAUUCUAAAAUG